UCAUAUCUUGUGAGAAAAGCAGGCGUCGUAUUCGAUCAGGAAUCGAUGUCCUAGCUCUUUCUUUGACCCUGUAUUUGAAUUUUUGAUUAAAGGGUUUGCUCGUUGUUUACAAAACGGGUGCAGAAAGACGCAUACGGAGCUGCGUCUCAAGUUAACGUCAGCCAUUCAACUUGUAAACAACAAUGUAUCGACAGUUCAAUCCAAAUAGGAGCAGUGGUCAAGUACGCAGCAGAGGUCAGCUACAACUAUCUAUACGAGUGAAGUCGAACAGGCUCGAUAUAAGAGUUCAUGAGGCUCGUUAUCUGCAAUUGAAGUCGUCUUCUAACUGCUACGUCAAGCUAUACGUGCUUCCUGAUGAGAACAAGUCAACUAAACAGAAAACAAAGGUGCUCAGUGCAAAGGGUGAUCUGGUUUUCAAAGAGGAUUUUACAUACACAAUUCCUUCUGCUGAUGGAGGAGGACUGAGAUUGUAUAUAUCUUUAUGGCGAAGAGAUAGAACUUCUAGAAAUGAAUUAAUUGGUUCUAUGUCAUUUUCUGUGAAUGAUCUUUUGUUAGGUACAGUUAAGGUUGAUGGAUGGUAUCAUUUGCUAACAGAUAACGAAGGACACCGCAAGAACGUUGUCGUGGGAGACAAAGUUGGAAGUCAUGCGCAGCCUAAAAUAGUUGCUAUUGCUGCAGCUGAUACUGCCAAGGCAGCUGCAAUGUCAAGUUCUUGGCUACCUACUAAACUGGUUACCCUUCAUUGGUCACCAUCUGGUUUUGGAUUCUUGUUACAACCAGGAUCUCCUGUGACAGUCAGUCACGUUGAAGAAGGUUUGCCUGCACAAUUGGCAGGCAUUCGGCAAGGAGACAUUAUACUACAAGUUGAUAAUAACAGUAUCGUAGGUGCAAGUUAUGAUAAAGUCAUGGAUCUAAUUGGGUCACGUCACUCAACGCUUCAACUGCUGGUUCAGAGACCGAAUGCCGUGGCUCCAACUGAAUCACAGAAGCUGUCUCAUAAACGUGCUACAUCUGGUGACAGUGUUUUUAGCAGUGGAAGCUCGAUGCUAAGCGACAGCGGGAUUGUGAUGAAGAAAAAGGCAGAGUCGUCUCGAGAUCUGUACAGUGUUGGGCGAGAGGAGAACGAAGAUUACGUGGUGACUCCACAGAAACCUUUCAGAGGUUACAUCAGCUGGCAGGAUAUGUCGACAUUGGAGCAGAAAAGACAAGAGGUGGCUAUUGUUGAAUUGAUGAAAUUCGAAAAAAAUUAUGUGGAAGAACUCUGUUUUGGAAUCGAGCGGUACUCCAGACCUCUCCAUGAUCACAUGCUCAGUGAAGAACAACAUUCAUACCUGUUUUGCAACAUUGAAGAACUGUAUUAUAAAGCGUCAAAAAUCUUAUACAAAUUGAAGAAACGACGGAAACCAUUUCAUAUGCGUACUGCUGAACACCCAUAUUAUUUGACAGCCAUUGGUGACAUAUAUUAUGAAAAGGUGGGUGAAUUGGUAUCAGCUUACAUGAUCUAUAUGGAGGGUCGACAGGAAGCUGAUAUGGAGUUGUCUGUACGAAGACUUCAGCCAGACUUUGCAGAGUUUUUGAAAGAGCCACCACUAAAUGAAGAUCAACCAACCAUUGAUGAGUUUCUGGAACGACCAACACAAUAUAUUGGUAAACUGCGCACCUGUCUUCGGAAGGUACUAGCCAAUACACCAACUUACCAUCCUGAUCAGAGUGACUUGAGAGUUUGCAUAGACAACACAUACGCAAAGAGUUGUCAGGAUGAGGCAAAAGCAAAAGAGGCAGCAGCUGAGGUUUAUCAAUUUGAGAAGAUGUUGGGAUUUGCUCCUAAUGUUGAGAGAUUUCACAUAGCUGCAGAUGAUCGCACUUUAGUUCAUCAGGGUGAUCUCUUGCUUGUCGAGGGCAAGAAGAGAAGACUGAAGAGGGUACACGUCAUGCUUUUCAAUGACAUUCUGCUGAUCACCAAGAGGGAGGGAACACUGCUAGUAGCGCAAGAGCCACCACUUGACCUCAGCUGUGUGAUGGUACAAGAUUUCAGCUCUGUACAACCAAACGAGUUUUGCAUCACCGUCAUCAAGAGAGCAGCUGGUGAUCGCUUGUCUAUGGCUACUUGGAAAGCAAGCCACAUCUUUCAGACAAGCUCCGUUGACGAGAAGAACCAGUGGAAGCAUCUCAUUGAUGAAAGGGCAAAGGGAGUAACAACUGUGCGCCGGAAAACAAAUCUGAAGCAAUUUCAUACUUUGGAUUUACUAGCAAACACUUCACCGGAGGAAGAUUUGAGACAAUUUGAGAAAGAGCAGCAACAACGUUUAGCUGAGCUUGCGCCUCAGAUGUAUUCUGCGUUGGGAUAUAGAAACCGUGUUGUCAGAGGAACAGGAACUCGCACGUCCAUAUCUUCAGGGGAAUCCGUACCAUCUUCGGAAAUUCCCUCUCCAUCCCGAGAGAAACGAGCACGUCCCUUGAGUUUAUUUGAGAGACGUGUUGCUAAAGCAAAGCAACCGCGACGCAGGCACUCGCUCACAAUGGCAGACGUAGGAGAGCUGACUGGAACAUUGGAACGAUUACUAGCCAUCGCUCAUGUCUCUGGUGAUCGUAUCGAACGCUGGAAAACGUCACUAGCGGGACUUCUUACUGAUCCAGACGGUGCUGACCUCUUCAUGACUUUCCUCCAAUCUGAAUUCAGCGAGGAGAACUUACAGUUCUGGCAAUCAUGUGAAGAACUCAAGCAACUUCGUGGUCAAGCACUUCACCAUAAAGCAAGGCAGAUUUUUGCCAAGUUUCUUGAGCCUGGAGCUCCAGCAGAGGUGAAUAUCGAUGCUGAAACUCAAAAGGGAAUUGCAGCCAGUUUAACAUCACCAACUCCUGAUAUGUUGAACAUGGCACAGCAAGUUGUCUACACACUGAUGGAACGUGACAGCUACCGUCGGUUCUUGAAGUCAAAUGACUUUCUUAUUCUGCAAGAGUCAGCUAAAGCACAUAGCAGUUGUAAAUAACUACCCAGCCUUGACAUAAAAAAACUCCACCAGUAGUGUAAAAAACUAAAGCAAUUCAUUUUAUUGCACCUAUGGUUACAUGGUUUCAAUAAUAAUUAUCAUUAUUACCAAA